AUGUGUAAUAAAAAGCCCAAAAAGGCCCAAUCUUUGGGUUUGGGAACUGAAAAGUUAACUGUUGCAUAUUUUGGUUUAGAAAUUAUGAAUAAUGUUGCUGAAAGGCCACUUAAUGGAGACGUAGAGGAUGAUGAUGAGGAUGAUGGUGCAGACCUUGAAGCCUGGGAGAGAACUUACGCGGAGGAUAGAUCAUGGGAGGCUUUGCAGGAGGAUGAGUCUGGACUUCUUCGCCCCAUUGAUACUACAGCUAUAUACCAUGCUCAAUAUCGCAGGCGCCUUCGUACCCUUGCUGCCACAGCGGCUACUGCACGGAUUCAGAAGGGGCUUAUACGAUACCUGUACAUUGUUGUGGACCUGUCUAAGGCAGCUUCAGAGAGAGACUUCCGACCAAGUAGGAUGGCCGUGAUUGCAAAACAGGUUGAGGUAUUUAUCAGGGAAUUCUUUGAUCAGAAUCCACUUAGUCAUGUUGGUCUGGUUACUAUAAAAGAUGGUGUUGCUCAUUGCAUAACAGAACUUGGUGGCAGUCCUGAGUCUCACAUUAAUGCUUUGAUGGGUAAACUGGAAUGCUCAGGUGAUGCCUCCUUACAAAAUGCACUAGAGCUUGUUCUUGGAUAUCUAAAUCAAAUCCCAUCAUAUGGUCAUCGAGAAGCUCUGAUCUUAUAUUCGGCUCUCAGCACUUGUGAUCCUGGUGAUCUCAUGGAAACCAUUCAAAAAUGCAAAAAGAGUAAAAUAAGGUGCUCAGUCAUUGGUCUUGCGGCCGAAAUGUUUGUAUGUAAACAUCUCUGCCAGGAAACUGGAGGGACUUAUUCUGUUGCACUAGAUGAGUCCCACUUUAAAGAGUUGAUCCUGGAGUAUGCACCACCACCUCCAGCAAUAGCAGAGUAUGCUACUGCUAAUUUAAUUAAGAUGGGCUUCCCACAACGAUCAGCUGAGGGUUCUGUUGCAAUAUGCACAUGCCAUGAAGAGGCUAAGGCCGGAGGGGGAUACACUUGCCCAAGGUGCAAAGUUCGUGUCUGUGAGCUUCCCACUGAAUGUCGAGUCUGUGGAUUGACCCUUAUUUCUUCACCUCAUUUGGCAAGGUCAUAUCAUCAUCUAUUUCCUGUUGUGAUGUUUGAUGAGGUCUCUCCGUCUCAAAAUGACUCUAGCCGCAGUUUUCCUAAUAUUUGUUUUGGUUGUCAACAAAGUCUUCUUACUCAGGGUAAGAUUCUUUGUACAUUUCCAAUUCUGGUGUUGAACAAAUUUAUAAUGACGGUCAACGUAUUAUGUCAAAUUUAUACUCAUAGAUCUGCUUUAAAGGUGAAACAAUGCUAA